AUGAGUGUAAGAUUGAAUUACGCAGAAAAAUGGCUGACGGCCCGCAUGGAAUCAUUAGAACUGCAAAAUAGGAAAGAAAAAACGCCAGUUCCCCGAUUGGAUGACGAGGAGCGCGCCCAUCUUCAAGUCAUCAAAAUAUAUGAGAAUCAUAUAAAGGAACGGAUGGAUUCAUCACAUUAUUGGCAGACUCGUUACAUUAACGAUAUCGCAGACAUUAUUGGUAAAGUGAGAGACAUAAGUGAGAAAUGGAAAGAAGUUGUAGCGCGACGUACGGAGCUCCAAAAAUUGUAUGAGUUACAUGAAGGAGAAAUGCGAGGUUGGUUAACGUUUAAAAGGGAGCGUGUAGCCAGGCUUGCUCGUGAAGAACAGAACCGCGUUGCAGCGACGCGCCUGCAGUCUUGGUGGCGCGGAGUCAUGGUUCGCCGAUGUCUUGGAGCAUUCCGAAACCUCAAGAACACGAAAAAAAUAAACUGUAAAUCAAAGAAAAAGUAA